AGGAAGCGGAAGUGUCAGAGCAGGCGGAAGUGGUACUGCCCUGAAUACCCUGAGCAGCGAGCGGAGGACGGCUUGAUAAACUCCCAUCGUUUAGAAAAUAAAAUCGGGAUUCCUUGCACGCUCUAAAUCCUAAAAAAUGGAUAAGAACGACCUGGUGCAGAAAGCCAAGCUGGCCGAGCAGGCCGAGCGCUACGACGACAUGGCGGCUGCCAUGAAGGCGGUGACGGAGCAGGUCCCAGAGCUCAGCAACGAGGAGCGCAACCUGCUGUCUGUCGCCUACAAGAAUGUGGUGGGGGCCCGCCGCUCAUCCUGGCGCGUCAUCUCCAGCAUCGAGCAGAAGACGGACGGGAACGAUAAGAAACAGCAGAUGGCUCGCGAAUACCGUAUGAAGAUCGAGACUGAACUCCAAGAGAUCUGCAACGACGUGCUGGUACGGAGAGGGAUGGGGGGGGCAGGGAAUGAGGGGGAGGCAGGGAACGAGGGGGAGGGAAAAUAA